AUGACGAAGAAAAGGUGUCAAUGUUGUUCUGGGCGAUUUGCUUUGGAUGUAUCUGCCAAAGAUUCUAUGAAAGUGAAAUUUAAACAAUAUGCCGAUGGAUGUUACAUGCACGGGCCGUCCGCCAUCGCUCGUUCAGUUAACAUUGUUCGAAUGACUGUCUGGAUUUUGGUGCUCGCUACAGGAUGGGGAAUGACGGUUUGGCAACUGACAGAAUUGAUAAAGAAAUUCUACACAUACCCUACUUCCACAAACCUUAUUCUGAAUUCAAACGGAAGCAUGUUAUUCCCAGCAGUGACUGUAUGCAAUGUCAACCCCGUCAGGCUAAGCCAACUCUCCUCGACCAGCACGAGCAUAUCAAACCUAAUCGCUGCCGCUGGCACGACGUCAGCUCCACGAGUAUGGGCCUGGGACAAUUUCGACGAUAACAAUUCGUAUUACGAUUCGUAUGAUCCUGGGACAGCCGUUGGCUUCGAUUUCGCGUUAGAAUAUGCCAUUCUUGACGACUCUACCAAGACGUCUUCAGGCCACCAACUAGAGGACAUGUUGGUAUCGUGUAGCUUUAAAGGAAAGUCGUGUUCUCCUUCGAAUUUCUCUCACUUUCUACAUUACAAGUAUGGGAAUUGUUACACGUUCAAUUCUGGUUUCAAUCAGAGUAUCACGGAAACCGAGAAAACAGGACCUAUAUAUGGUCUUACUCUGGAACUUUACUUGGAGCAGGACGAAUACGUCGGAAGUCUGGCUUCGGAUGCCGGGAUAAGACUGACCGUACACAACCAGACGAGUAUGCCAUUUCCAGAGGAAAACGGUAUAAACCUGGCUCCGGGAUUUAAAACGGGGAUAGCAUUAAAACUUACUGAGGUAAUUCGUGCUAAACCUCCACACGGCGAGUGUAAAGACUACUCUGACACAGAAAAUUUACUGUACAAUGCUUGGGCCGAAGAAGGUCAGCUUAGCGUGAAAUAUACCUAUGUGGCUUGCCAGAAAACUUGUUUCCAGAAGAGUCUUAUCCAGUACUGUGGAUGUUGUAGCCUGGAUCUUCCCUGUAGUGGAAUUGCUUUUAAUGGCGUGCUGUCAGCGUACCCGAACGGGGUCGACUGGUGUCUGUACUCUAAUUCAACACAGGUUGAAUGUGAAGAUUACGUACUGGAAAAGUAUGAAAAAAGCGAACUUCCCUGUUCCUCUGACUGUGUUCCACCUUGCGAUGAGACGGAAUUUACGUCGGAAGUAUCCAUGUCCGCGUGGCCAUCCAACGAAUACCUGGAUACUGCAAUCAACGAUUUUCGAAGUACGUCCACCUCUCUCUUCACGACAAUUUCCGCCAAUUCAGCUACCGCAGACAAGAGAGCUUUUAUGGAUCAAAACGGAGUUAAAGUAGAUGUAUAUUACAGAUAUCUUAACUACGAAGUGAUUCAGACAGAAGCAUCGUAUGAGGUAGCGAAUCUCCUGUCGGACAUCGGUGGUCAGCUCGGUCUGUGGAUAGGACUCUCCAUUGUGUCCUUGUUCGAAAUUAUAGAGAUUAUAUCAGACCUUGUCGUUAUUGGAUUUUUACGGUUGUGUGGGAAAAAGAAAACUGAAGUAAAGUCAAUUAAGGAUGACAAAUUAGAAGAUGUUUCAUGA